GCACUCGCGCCGGGUUGUGCUGGCUGCAGCGGGAGCGGGACUCCGAAGCGGCGGCGCUGGAACAGUGAACCAUGGAGCUAUAUUUUGGAGAAUAUCAGCAUGUGCAGCAGGAGUAUGGGGUCCAUCUGAGACUCGCAAGUGACGAAACCAAGAGGUCAAGGAAUUCCCAGCACCCCAAGACGGGCUCCUAUGGUGUCAGCAUUAGGGUCCAGGGGAUUGAUGGCCACCCCUACAUAGUCCUGAAUAACACGGAGCGGUGUCUAGCAGGCUCGUCUUUCUCAGAAAAUGGGCCACCAUUCUCAUCUCCAGUGAUAAACAACCUUCCUCUACAUUCCAGCAACAGUUCUGUGCUAACCGGGAACAGUGCAGAAUUGAAGCUCCCAGAAAAUCCAUAUGCCCAGCCCAGCCCUAUAAAAAACCCCAAACAGCCCUCUCUCCAUGAGGGCAAGAAUGGAGUUCUAGAUGGCAAAGAUGGGCCAGCGAAGACAUCCCAUGUGCUGAACUUUCAGAGGCAUCCCGAGCUUUUGCAGCCUUAUGACCCUGAAAAGAGCGAGUUGAACUUACAAAACCACCAACCUCCUGAGAGUAAUUGGCUGAAAACGUUAGCAGACGAAGGUACCAACAAUAAGAAGCCUUGGACUUGCUUCCCCAAACCCAGCAAUUCCCAGCCUACCAGCCUUCCCUUGGAAGACCUGACAAGGUCCAACGUGACGGCCAUUCGUCUGUGCAGCUCCGUGGUCAUCGAUGACCCCAAAAAGCAGACCUCAGUGUGUGUAAACGUUCAGAGCUGCACCAAGGAGGGGGUGGGAGAAGAGGCCCUUCCCCCUGGUGGGAGGCCUCUACCUGCCCACAGCCCACACACCCACCCCGAAACCAAGAAAACCAGGCCCGAUGUUCUUCCCAUCCGGCGACAGGAUUCUGCCGGACCGGUCCUGGAUGGUGCUAGGUCCCGGAGGUCUUCCUCGUCAUCAGCAACUCCCACUUCAGCCACCUCUCUGUACAGGUUUUUACUGGACGAUCAGGACUGCGCCAUCCAUGCUGACAAUGUCAAUCGUCAUGAAAAUAGAAGGUACAUCCCCUUCUUGCCAGGAACCGGGCGGGAUAUUGAUACGGGAUCAAUUCCAGGCGUGGAUCAGUUAAUUGAAAAAUUUGAUCAAAAACCUGGGCUUCAGAGGAGGGGAAGGACGGGGAAGAGGAACAGAAUCAAUCCAGAUGACAGGAAGAGAUCCAGGAGCGUGGACAGCGCCUUUCCCUUCGGUCUCCAAGGGAACUCCGAGUACCUGACCGAAUUUAGUAGGAACUUGGGCAAGUCCAGCGAACACCUGCUCCGGCCGUCCCAGGUGUGCCCGCCCAGGACGCCGUCUCAGGAGCACCGUGGGAAGCAAAGCGUGGGCCGCGCCUGUGCCAAGCUGCCCGGAGCCGCGCUUGGGGCUCAGUGCGCCCACCCUGGGCUGCCCCAGCAGAAUAGAAGUGGGAAAGUUCUGGAAGCCAAAGGCAGUCAGGAAAGCCCAUCGAUUCGUGCAUCCUCCCUCCCAGCACAGAGUAAAAAGGAGGAAGAAAUAAAAACAGCCACUGCUACGCUGAUGUUACAGAAUCGGGUGGCAGCAACUGCAUCAGAUUCGGGUGCCAAGAAAAUUUCCGUGAAGACAUUUCCUUCCCCCUCAAAUACUCAGGCCACACCAGAUCUCUUAAAGGGCCAGCAAGAGCUCACUCAGCAAACCAAUGAGGAGACGGCCAAGCAAAUACUUUACAAUUACCUCAAAGAAGGGAGCACCGAUAAUGACGAUGCUACUAAAAGGAAAGUCAACCUGGUCUUUGAGAAAAUCCAGACUUUGAAGUCCCGAGCAGCAGGGAGCGCACAAGGAAAUAACCAAGUGUCUAAUUCUUCAUCUGAAAUCAAAGAUCUACUGGAACAGAAAAACAAGUUAACGGUAGAAGUGGCUGAACUUCAGAGACAGCUUCAACUGGAAGUCAAGAAUCAGCAUAACAUCAAGGAGGAGAGAGAGAGAAUGAGAACGAACCUGGAAGCGCUCCGGAGCCAACAUGACUCGAAGGUGGAAGAGAACUCGGUGCUGCAGCAGCGGCUGGAGGAAAGUGAAGGGGAGCUCCGCAAGAACCUGGAGGAGCUGUUCCAGGUGAAGAUGGAACGGGAACAGCACCAGACUGAGAUCCGGGAUCUCCAGGACCAACUCUCAGAAAUGCACGAUGAACUGGACAGCGCUAAGCAAUCUGAGGACAGGGAGAAGGGGGCUCUGAUUGAGGAGCUCUUACAGGCAAAGCAGGAUCUUCAAGAUCUGCUGAUUGCCAAGGAGGAGCAAGAAGACCUCUUGAGAAAGCGAGAGCGGGAACUGACUGCCCUGAAGGGAGCCCUGAAAGAGGAGGUUUCCAGCCACGACCAGGAGAUGGACAGGCUGAAGGAGCAGUAUGAUGCGGAGCUGCAGGCCCUGAGGGAGAGCGUGGAAGAGGCCACCAAGAAUGUCGAGGUCUUGGCCAGCCGGAGGAGCAACACUUCAGAGCAAAGCCAGGUGGGGACUGAAAUGCGAGUGAAGGCUCUGCAGGAGGAGAAUGAAAAGCUCCAGGGAAGGAUCGCAGAGCUAGAGCGGAGAGUCGCUCAGCUUCAGAGGCAGAUUGAAGACAUGGAAGGCAACGAAGCCAAAGCAAAAGAAACACUGGAGAAGAGCGAGCAAGAAAUACGACAAUUAGAAGAGGCCCUUGUCCAUGCCAGAAAGGAAGAAAAAGAAGCUGCCUCAGCUAGAAGGGCCCUGGAGAGUGAGCUGGAGGAUGCCCAGAAGAAUCUGGUUCGGAUCACCCAGGAGCAGAAGCAGCUGUCGGAGAAGCUGAACAAUGAGACUGAGCAGAAGGAGCAGUUGAGAAGGCUGAAGAACGAGAUGGAGAGCGAGCGGUGGCACCUAGACAAGACCAUAGAGAAGCUGCAGAAAGAGAUGGCCGAUAUUGUUGAAGCCUCCCGCACCUCAACCCUGGAGCUGCAGAACCAGCUGGAUGAGUACAAGGAAAAAAACCGCAGGGAGCUUGCAGAAAUGCAAAGGCAGUUGAAGGAGAAAACCCUGGAGGCAGAAAAGUCCCGACUGACAAUGGUGAAAAUGCAGGAGGAGAUGCGUCUGAUGGAGGAAGAGUUACGGGACUACCAGCGAGCUCAGGAUGAAGCGAUCACAAAAAGGCAGCUUCUGGAGCAGACGCUGAAGGACCUGGAGUAUGAGCUGGAGGCCAAGAGUCACCUCAAAGAUGACCGUGGCAGACUGGUCAAGCAGAUGGAGGAUUGCUUGAGCUCGGAGUUGGAGACCAGCCUGAGCAAGAGCAAGACCCCAUCUCUACUAAAAAUAGAAAAACUAGCCAGGACUAAGAAGCAGAUGGAGCAGGUGAGGAGUGAGCUGCUUCAGGAGAAAGCUGUUAGGCAAGACCUGGAGUGUGACAAGAUCUCCCUGGAGCGACAGAACAAGGACUUAAAGAGCCGCAUUGUCCACCUGGAAGGCUCCUACAGAUCCAGCAAAGAGGGGCUGGUGGUGCAGAUGGAGGCCAGGAUCGCAGAGCUCGAGGACCGUCUCGAGAGCGAGGAGAGGGACCGGACUAACCUCCAGCUCAACAACCGGCGGCUGGAGCGGAAAGUGAAGGAGCUGCUGAUGCAGGUGGAUGACGAGCACCUGUCGCUGACUGAUCAGAAGGACCAGCUGAGCUUGCGCCUGAAAGCAAUGAAACGGCAGGUGGAGGAGGCCGAGGAGGAAAUCGACAGACUGGAAAGUUCUAAGAAGAAGCUGCAGAGGGAGCUGGAGGAGCAGAUGGACGUGAAUGAGCAGCUUCAGGGGCAGCUCAACUCCAUGAAAAAGGGCUUGAGACUCAAGAAGCUGCCCAGUAAAGUGCUGGACGACAUGGACGAUGACGAUGACCUCAGCACAGAUGGGGGGAGCCUCUAUGAGGCACCGCUGAGCUACACUUUCCCCAAGGACAGUGCCAUCACCAGCCAGAUCUGAGCCCACUUCCAGGGCUGUUGAAGUGGCCGUUGCUCCUAUGCUCCUGGCAGGAGCUCUGCGGCCCCUGGGACAGGAGGCAGGAAAGCGAGCGUCCGGCUGCAGAGACCCAUCGCCGCUGCCUCUUCACUCAGCUUCCCAGUUCCUCAGUGCCACGUUCCUCCAGGGUCUCUCAGACAGGGAGCUGCUGCAGUUUAAAACGCGGGAUGCCUGAGCACCUGAGCAAGGGGGCCGCUGCCCUCUGGGGUGUUUGGGAAACAUGCUUUGGGAGGUUGAAGCCCCCUGUCUGCACUGCUUCUCCUGCUUCCCCCCUGACCUCCUGCCAAUAAAAAAGGGUUCAAAGGGCGAGUUGUGACUGAAUUGCCAUGGCGCAGGGGAGCAAGCUCCAUACAGGCUGCACGUGUUUUUAACCAGCCUGUCUCCUGACUGCUGCUGUUCCAUUUGCAGUGUUACAAAGGCUUUGUAGAGUGUCAAAGUUCACACAUCUCUAUUGUGUAUCCUUUUUGAAAAUAUGAAGCUACUAGAUUUUAAGUAUUAAGGAGCAGAGGUGAGAGAGAAAAGUAGAAUAAAGACACUUUGGAUAUGGGAGUUGGAGAGGAGUUAUAGUGAUAAUGGACAGUUAAUGCUGAGGAUAGAGGCGCAGAUGGUCUGGGCAAACAACUCUCUGGAGGGGUGGGAGGGUGGGGGGUUGAAAACCAGAAGGUCACUUGUAUUUGUGGGCUAUAGCUAUGGCCUUGGCUGCUUAUUUUAUCUAGAAUUUUAUUAUAAUUUCUGAACCAUGCUGAGACUGAUUCCUGUCAGUCCAUCAAUUGUAAUUCCUUUACACGGGUGGGUUGGGGAGGCUUGUCAGUAAGGUUUGUAACAAAUGCUGCAGUUUCUGGAAGGACAAAGCCCUCUGGUUACCUCUCACUGACCCUCUCAUCUCACUGUGGGCCUCCUUGCUAUGCCCCCGGGGCCCCUGGUGAGGCAGCAGCAAGAUGGGGGACCAGGAGGGUGGGAGGUGGUGGUGGUGGUGAAGGUCAUGGGUGUAAGGAUGAGGCAGGUCAUGGGGGAAGGGAGAAGAGAGAGCAGAUGGACAGAUGGGUGAGAAGGCAGCCAGAGAAGUUCUUGAAAGCUGGGGGACGUGCGGGCAAGAGGGGGAUUAUGCGGGAUCUCAGGUUUAUGUCACGGGAGGGAGGAAAAAAAUAGACACCAGCCAGAGGACUCCUUCCAGCUUCCAGGGAUAAAGGGACGUCACCAGCAAUGGCAAUGUGACUGGGAGUGGGUGGUCUGGGGACAAGGCCAGGUGGCUGGGGCAAAAUCACAAGGGCCAGGGCAUUGGGAAAGUGCAGAGCAUCCUGGCAUUUCUUCCUGGCCUUCCCAUGUCACCUUGCACCAGGACAGUCCCCAGGCAUGGCCACAGGUCAGGUCCAGUCACAGCUGGGCCUCCACAGGUCAGCAGAGGAGCAGGCAGCCUGGUAGGGAAGUAGCCAGAGAGGGGACCUGUGGUUGGUUCUAUGUUUGGGGCAGAGGUGGCAGUGUUCGGCUGUGUCACAAAGACGCCAAGCAUCCCAAUAGAUGGACCAGAGCGCUCCAUGACAGUUGCUAGGAGGUCCCACCUACCCUGGGUCACGGAACCCACCCAAGAGGAUGCAGAAAGGUCAGCCGAGGUUAGGGUGGGCUGUUUGAGCCUGGAGCUGGAAAGCCAAACCCUCUCCACCUCUGCUGGGGUCAUCCUCUCCACAGCUGAGGGGGAUUCUUGCCUCUGCUUCCUCAUUUGAGGUGUGGAGAGAUUCCUCCUCCCUUUAGCCAUUUAUUCAUUUAGCAAGUAUCUUUUUGUCACCUGUGAUGUAUCAGGCACAGCUCUUGGCACCGGGAACACAGCAGUGGUUAGACAGGUGAAAAUGCUGCCCCUCCCGGAGCUGCAUGUGAGGAAUGGGGGAGAGGGACAACAGUCAACACACGUUGACACGAGGCCGCGCGCCUCUGUCCUCUCGUGGACACGACAAGCCUGGCUCACUGGAACUGAGGUUCUCUGACCCCCAAUAUGUUCUUUAUUCACCCUCUGCUUCCACCAUCAUAGAUACUUGCCUGUAAGCCUGCCUAGAAACGCCUGAGCCCCGCUCCUAGCCAGAGAUGUGCCACAUGAUAGGUCUGCAGCCCCAUGACCUUGGGGAUGAGUGUCGGCUGUGUGAGAAAGUAACUUGUCCCUCUUUAGGGGCAGUUCUUCCUGGUGCUGUGAGGCUGGCAACAAGAAGCAGAACUGAUGGGGAGAGAGAAGAGAGGUUACCACUGAAAACUCCUGUGUCGUCACCCUAAGAGUAGGCUGUUAUAAAUUCUAACAGUUGUGCUAUCCUGCACUGCAAUGGAGGCAGCAGUGAGCAGGAUCCCUGCAGUCCAGCAGGCCAGAAGAACACUGGCCUGGAAGCCUAGAGAGGGGUUUCCAAGUCCCUCCUCAUCUCCCUGCCCAGUGACCUGCACAGGGUGCUCAUGCUCAGAGCCACGGGAGACAAGGGGAGGAUUAGGGCCCGGUGUCCUUUCCAGGUCUAACACGCUAUCGUUCUUUGAUUUUAUUGCAUGUAUUAUAAGUUUGUUUCCUGUUUAUUGCUUUAAGAACUAACCCUGUUCAAGAGUAUUUUCUUUAGCUAGCUUAAAAAAGAAAUUAUUUUAUGUAAAAACACAUGUGGCCAAAUGCAAUGCUGAGAAGACAAUCAUCCUGUAUCUUUCAUAAUUUCUUCCCCUGCUUCUGAGGGUCAUUCUACAAGGCUGGUUGGCUUAUUCUGUUGGGUUUCUGCUUUGGGGUAUGGUUGGUGGCUUUGUGUUGUCAUGGGGAAGAGACAUUCGUGUUGCACCUACCUCCACAGAAGUGAAUUCCUGGAUAGAGUAAGAUUUGCUUUCAAUAAAUGAUGUCACCCAACCAGA